AUGGCAUCCCAAACAUUCUCCCUCAAUUUCUUCCUCGUUGCUCUCUUUGCAGCACUCUUCUUCGCCGUCGCCACCGCUCAAGAUUUGUCUUCAACGUCGGCGCCGGCACCAGGACCUGAUGCGGGAGCUGCUGGAUCCUUUUCUUCCUCCUUCGCCAUAAUUGCAGCUUCCGUUCUGGUUUCAAUGUUGGCCUUAUUCAACCACUGA